AUGGAGUCAAAUGAUACACAUAGUAAUUGUGAGGGAAUGAUUGAGAAAAGGAGGAAUUGUCGUGAGGAUCCGUCAGAGACUUCCGGUGCUGCCAGCCGUCCUCAAGAGGAUCGCGAGGUUCAAAAGGCUCAAGACCCUCCCGAUCAUCCAACGCCGCCUCCGGCCGAUCUCAACAACGAGCAAUGCAACUUCCAGCAACGACGCCAGAUAUUACUCCAGCUACCUGUCUGGACUACACCAAUGGGCGGAAUCAAUCAACUCGAUUGUGACGCUGGCGCAACUCCAGCGCUACCUCUAGGCAACAAUCACGUCCGGGACGGACUUGAAGGAAAUGGGGGAGGUGUGAGAGCAGCGCUCUUUGCACUAGAAUGUCAACGCGUUCUCUGCUGUAGGAUGUUAUCCUAUGUUAUCGUGUGUUAUGAGAACAGUGAUUCCCAUGCUCUCGGAGAUGAUGUGCUAUGA